GCUUACGAUGAUGUCUGUGUUAGUCAUUUGCUCCAAACAUCUGUUAACGCUCCAGAGCAUGGUGGACCUCGGAGAAAGAAAAUACACACCAAAGCUUACUUGUCAAUGCAACAAUGAACACCCUGGAGGACGUCCCGUUCCAGACCUUGCUGGCCCCACAGAUGGUGACGGCUCCAGAUAUCACUAUACCAGACUGCCAGCAGAUACUGCAAGAAACUGAGUAUGGAUUCAACCUAGAGAGACAGAUUUUAACUGGACAGCAGUCAGUCAGUCAGGUCCCAUCCUGUCCCCCUUACUGGUUGAUGUUCAGCAGCCCUCAGGAGAACCGCAGGACCAAUCACAGGAGCAGCGACCUGUGGGUCCUGAGCCUUCGGCCCCGCAGUUACAGCCUGAACUCUGCAGACGCCUGCUGCCUGCACCAUCGCACUGUCAAGAUCCUCUUAUCUGACUCUGAUGAAGAUGGUUAUUAUGAGGAUAAUGAAAGCUCCUCCGCUGAAGAUGCACCUCACCCCAUCAAGAGCAGAGAGCGACCCCGGACUGCACUGAAAGAUCCACUCUCCAGAGUCAAAGACAUGCACUUCGGUGCUUCCACUCACCACUGUAAGCCUGAGUCACCUCAGAGCCUCAGGGGCCACAGAGACCGUUCAUCUUCUCUCCAAGACUGCAGACAACCUCUGCGAGCGGUGGAACAGCACAGGUCACAGCAGGCCUGCCCCUUUCCUCAUGUGCACAAGAACGACAAGAGGAGGCAGUGUUCACUGGCAUCUGCUGGCAGAAAGCACUCCCAAAACAAACCACCCACCAGUUCCUCUCCAUCCAGGCUGCAGCAGCAACGACCCUCCUCUGCAGGGCCGGUCAUCAGAAACCAUCGGCAAAAGGCCUUGAGGACUGGCAGCCCUCGGGGGGUUUUCUUGGACUCGGCAGCAGAGCUGGUGUCUGCGCUCAGCCAGGAAGAGAGGGAGCUGCUUGACGCCAUCACAGAGAAGGGCUACCCCUUGCACACAGCCAUUCUGACUCUGCAGAAGACAGGCUAUCGCAGCACAGAGAAGAUCCUAAAAUAUCUGGUUGCCAGUGACCGUCUGUGUGAGCUGGGCUAUGAUGAAGCACAAGUGGAAGAAGCUUUGGAGAUGUUUCAAAACUGUGAGAGCAAGGCUGCUGAGUUCCUGCACCUCCUGACUCAGUUUAAUGAGAUGGGCUUCCAGCAAAGUGCAAUCAAAGAAGUGCUGCUUGUUCAUGAGAAUCACCGUGAGAGGGCUCUUGAAGAACUCGUGACACGUGGAGUUUGAACAGAGCAAGAGACUUUUUACAUCUACAGUAUGUGUGAUGUACUAAAAAAAUUACUGUAUUUAGUCUAAAUAGCAUACUUGAAGAUAAUGUUU